AUGCCGAAGACCGAGUUCGGCACCGCGUUGGCCGUCAACUCAUCGACGGCGUCCGAUGAUCACGUCGACGUCUCGUCGUUCACAACAACGACGUCCGAUUCGAGUCCGCCGUAUAGUGUCGAGCAUCAUUCGCCGAACGAUCAGCGAACCGAAACGCCGACGUCCGAUUCGGGCAACCAGUCGUUCUCGCCGGAGAAUGUCGCAACUAGCUUCGAUAGCAGCGAACGCGACGCUUCGCCCGACAAUCUGUCGACGUCGUCGACGAAUAUCAAUGAUCUCGCUGAGAAGCCUAUCGGCAUCAAUAUGGACGAGGAGCUUCAGCGACAGCUGCUACGCUUCCAGCAGGAAUUCAAAGACACACUCAUGGAGAAGAACCAGAACACGCUGAACAUGAUGACCGCGUUCAAUCAGCAGCUGUUCAAGACGACGUUCGCCAACGCCAUCUCGAAUAUCGGUGCCGCCGGCGCGCAAUUGCCCGUCAAUCUUGGCACCGCGUUCAGCCUUCCGACGACGCCGACGCCAACGACGCCGACGCCCGUCGAGGUGCCGCCGCCAGCGCCGGUGAAACGCAAACGCCAACGUCGCAAUCCAGUCUGGCCCUACUUUGACGUCGUCGAUGGUACAGCACGCUGCAAGCAGUGCCUCUACAGUACCAAGAGUGUGUUCAGCACCAACCUGAAGGUCCAUUUAAGGUCACACCAUCGAGCCGAUUAUGAGAAGGUUAUUCUUGCCGAAGACGCGCUGAAUCUGAACGCGUUGCUUCUCAGCGGCAACACGUCGAAAUUGUUCAAUCUAGACGCGAAUAGGAAACGAAUGCCGCCGAUGACGAGCAGCAUCCUGAUGACGAUCAACAAGUUGACGAAUCAGCAGCAGAACGGCGAGGACAAUCCGCUCAACAACGUUCUUCGGCUGACGCUGGCGCAGAACGGCCUUCAGCAGCACUUACAGCAGGUUCAGUCGCAGCUUCAGGCGGUUCAGGCUCAGAAGCAACAGCAGCAGCAGCAGCAGCAGCCGCAGUUCGCGUUGAACGCCGCGAAUCUGGCCGCGUUGAAUCAGUUGGCUCGGAAUCAGAUGCAGCAGCAGCAGCAAUCAGCGACGACGACGACGACGACGCCGCAAGUCAGCCAGGAUCACAUCAUAAACCAUUUGAACUUCCCCGCGCAUAUCAAACAAGAAAUUCUGAACGCGCCGCACGGCACCGACGCCAACGGUGUGCCGCAGCCGAAGCGUCGCCGCCUUCGACGCCAUCCCGUUUGGAUGUUCUUCAGAGAUCUCGAGGAUCGGAUGGUUGGCUGCAUCAACUGCGAGUUUCGCACCGGCUCGGCGUUCUCGACGAACCUUAAGAUGCAUCUGAAGGCGCAUCACAAAGACGAUUAUGAGAGGGUGCUGCAGCUCGAGGAGGAGAUGCGCCUCGAGGAGGGCUGUUUGGGGCCGGCGAACAAGAUCAAAUCCGAGCUCAUCGACUUCAUUCGGGGCGGCGGCAACGCGUCGUCGACGCCGGCCGCCGGCGCCGCCUUCGGCGGUCCCAAAGCCUCGCCGCUCGUCCAGCAGAUCAUCAAUCAAUCGAUGGCGCGCGCCUCGUCGCCAACAUCGCAGAAGCGCGCCGACGACGAGCCGCCGUUCAACGGCAUGUCGACGUCCGACAAAUUGGCGGCGCUCGUCGGCAUCGCGGAUCCCGAUAAAAAGGCGACGACGACGACGACGCUCGACGAACUUCGACAAGCCGCUGAACGCCUAUUCGCCGCUGGCAACAUGGGCGGUUUGAUGGGCGCCGGCCAGCAGCAGCAGCAGCAGCCACAGCAGCCGGCGGCCGCGACGACGCCGCCAACGACAAUCGUCGAUCUGAAUGGCAGCAUCAUCGCGUCGGAGACAAAAUCGACUUGCUCGUCAUCGGACGUCAUCGACGAUCGAAAAGCCGAGCGGGAUAAGGCGUUGGCAAGGCUCUGGGCCCAGGAUUCCAGCCUGAUCAGCAACGAUCAAUUCCGCGAUUUCGUCCACACACUGGCUCCUGAUUAUGAGAUACCGGACGCCGAAUGCCUGGCGACGCAGCUGGAAUAA